CAAUGUCAUGAUUACUGUCAAACAAAACCGGCAAACGCAAAUUAGGAUAUUUUUCGCUAAAAUUUAAUUUAUAUUGUAAAUUUUUGUAAUUGUUAUAUAUCCAGUCUACAUGAAUUAUGGAUUCCGAUGAUGAAAUUGAUUUUCAACCGUCUUGGAGAGGAGUGCCUGGUAUAAUUAUUCUGAUUAAUGUUUUUGAAAACUCCAAACACAAUAUCUUUGAAAUCGCACAUGCAGCGACAUGUCGUUUGAUAAAACAACAGAUGAGAACGUCGAGUUCACAUAACAUCGCAGUAUGCUUAUAUGGGACAGAGGAGUCUUCUACAUCAAAGUUUGAUGUAAAAGCCGUUACAGAAAUUAUCCCCUUGUCCGUGCCAACGUUAGAGGAUUUCAAGAAACUCAAAAACACUACAUCUUUUACUGAAGCAAAAGAAUUUAAGCUGUCAGAUGUGUUGUGGCAUUCCAGUAAAUCGUUUGCUAACUGUAAAAAACAAUUGUCAUCUCGGAGUGUAAUAAUGCUAACCCGUCUUGAUAUUGCACCAAUUGCAGUAGACCAGAAACCAACCCUCAGCAGAGCAAGUGACCUAAUUGACUCCAACAUAGAUAUAAGAGUAAUAAACUUGUCUGAUCAUGAGUAUCAAAUAGAUGCAUUCUAUGAAAAGUUUUUAAAAAUAGCUAAUAAAGGAAUGGAUUAUGUAGUGCCAAAACCAAUAUGGGACUCAACUGAAAUUGAAAAGCUUAUGUAUCAAGAGUCACAUCGAAAUCUGGCUGUAGCAAAACUAAAUUUUGAAAUUAGCAAGGAUUUUAAUAUAGGUGUUGGUGUUUAUACAUUACUCAAAAGGCCUGGCCAAAAUUACAAGAAAAAUGUUUAUUUAGAUAGAGAAACCAAUGCAGUUGUUAGUAGUGUAACAAAAACUAUGAAAGUAACUUUUGAGGAUGGUGAUGAUGACGAAGAAAAUAGUCAGCCCAAAGAAGUUCCAUUGCUAAAAUCAGAAUUACUGCAUUAUCAGGAAUUUGGUGGUGAAAAGGUAGAAUUCACAGAUAGUGAAAUGAAGGCUAUUAAGAAUCCUUUUGGACCUCCAAUGAUGAAACUGCUUGGUUUCAAACCUGCUAGGGUCAUUUGUAAGGAAAAGUGGUAUUUGAAAAUGGGAUAUUUUUUAUUUCCCAAUGAAAAAUCUAUAGAAGGUUCAACAGUUGCUUUCAAAGCUUUGCACAAGGCUUGUACAGAAAUGGAAAUGGUAGCUAUUUGUGCCCUAUGCACAAGAGUAAAUUCUAAGCCUAUUGUUGGUGCCCUGAGUCCUUCAGUAAGGCCACUAAAUUUAGAUAUAGAUGUUGGUUUUGAUAUUAUCCACUUUCCCUUUGUUGAAAGUGUUAGGGAUCUGAAUAUAAAUGAGGAAGAAAAUAAUGAAGAAAGUUCAGUUGACAUCAUUGAAAAGGCACACAAAAUGCUAAUGAAAGAUAUUUUGAAUGAGUUGACCAUAGAAUACAAACCAGAUAUGUUUGAAGAUCCAAAGUUACAGUCUAAAUAUAGGGCAAUAGAAGCGAUUGCAUUAGAUGAAGAAGAUAGUGAUCCAUUUAUUGAUACAACAAUACCAAACCCAGAGAAAUUUGAAAAUAUUCGAGAUGAUUUGUUUGAAGAGUUAUUCGGGCCUUUAGGUGAAAUGACACUGAAACGAACAGCAGAAAAACAAUCUUAUAGUGGAGGUAAAAAACAAAAAGUAGAGAAUAUCGACGAAAACCUCUUAGACCACAGAUUAAAGAAUAAUAAAAUGAACGACUACACUGUUCCACAGUUAAAACAGAUAAUAAAUUUUAAGGAAAUAAAAGUUCCUUCAGGUUUAACAGGCUGUAAAAAAAAGGAUCUUAUUAAUUUAGUUUGUGAACAUUGCACUUAAAUAACUUUUAAAAAAUAUUCAGUAUAAUACAUUUAUUUUUCAUAAU